AUGUCAACCAGCCAAGCAAAUAUAAGAUCAGUGAUUCAUGAAUACGAAAUACUAUAUACUACUAGGAUUCAACAGAAAUCAAAAAAUUGGAAUGAUGGAAAAUUGACAUUUUAUGAAUUCAAUAAGAAAAUAGAGAUACAUAAUGACGAUGGCAUGCUACUUGCCACAGAUUUUUAUAGAUCCAGACUGAUAUCUAGUGUUUUAAACAGUGUUUUGGUGGAUAACAGUGAGUUCCGACUACCCAAUGCCAAUUAUUUUAUCCAAAUUCAAGAUAAAAUACGUGUUUUCGAAAGAGAGGUUAAUCUAAGAGCAAAAACCAGUGAUAGUCAAAAAGUUGAAAAGCUUGCUACUAAAACUGAGUCUGUUCCAAAGAGGGACACUAUUAUAAGUAAAUCUCCAAGUCUGGGCCAUCCUUCGAUGUCACACAGGAAAGUUACAUCAAGAAACUUAGUGACCACAGAUACCAAAAACCAAAACUCGUCUAUUAAUGGAAAUCUGACAAAACUGAUUUAUAGUUCUAUGGGUGCCACUAGAAUGAAAAAGACUCAUUCACCCAAAAACAAUACAAUUCACAAUAUAGCAAAACCAUCUAGCUCUGGUUCUAAUAUUAACAAGGGUCUAACAGCAUCAAAACCACUACGAUAUCAAGGUUCUAAUGUAACAAAGACUACUCAAAAUGUUAGUGGAACCACCACAGGAGCUAAAAUAUCUCAAUACAAAGUGCAUAGCAAUGAUUUAUUAACCAUUGAUUCAAAGGUUUCUAAAAGACUCCCACUCAGAAUCCCUCCUCGAACUUCGACGUGUUUUCAAUAUAUAUAUACACCUAGAAACGAUAUUGAGAAGUUUGAUGUAGCCGCAAAUGAUAUCAGUAUAUAUAAACCAUUAAUAAUUUCUGGAAAUGAACCAUCUGGAGAAGAGCCAAUUCAAGAAAAAGAGAAUGGACAAGAAUAUGUUGGAAGCAAGGGAUAUGAUGAAAAUCAAAAGAAGAAUGAAAACAUGCACAAUAGCCAUGACAAAGAAAUGAAGGUGAAUUCUAGACCCAGUCAACCAAAAAUUGUGGAUGAAUACACUAAUACUGACUCAGUAACAUUUUCCAAUAAUGAAAUUUCUCGGAUUUCAGUGAAGAAAGAACAACCGUUAAUUGUUUCAAACACGACGGUUGACGAUACUGAUAUAGUUUACGAUUUAUCGGAUUAUGAAGAAAAUGAGAAAUUCAACGCCAUGAUUAAAAAAAUCAAACAGACACAGAAUUUGCAGGACAAUUCCUCAACGAGUGUUGUCAAUAAGAAACCUAACAUAGUAAAAACUGGCUUGGAAGCGGUUGAAUUUUGUCUUUCUACUGAUUCUGAAAUGGAAGAAAUAUAA